CCCGGGGAGGAGGCGGCCGCGGCGCGUGCGUGCGACACUGUAACCAGGGGCCGGGGCCGGAGCCGGGGGCGGCCGGGGGGGCCGCUCGGUGCCUGCGGAGCCUGGAGCGCCCGGGCCCCGGCGGCGGCGGCGCGAUGAACAAGCUGCGGCAGAGCCUGCGGCGGAAGAAGCCGGCCUACGUGCCCGAGGCCAGCCGGCCCCACCAGUGGCAGGCGGACGAGGAGGCCGUGCGCCGGGGCAAGUGCAGCUUCCCCGUGCGGUACCUGGGCCACGUGGAGGUGGAGGAGUCGCGGGGGAUGCACGUGUGUGAAGAGGCCGUGAAGAAGCUGAAAACGAGCGGGCGCAAGUCGGUGAAGUCGGUUCUGUGGGUGUCGGCCGAUGGGCUGCGGGUCGUGGACGAGAAAACAAAGGAUCUCAUCGUGGACCAGACCAUUGAGAAGGUUUCGUUCUGCGCCCCCGACCGCAACUUCGACAAGGCCUUUUCCUACAUCUGCCGCGACGGCACCACCCGCCGCUGGAUCUGCCACUGCUUCCUGGCCCUCAAGGACUCGGGCGAGCGCCUGAGCCACGCCGUGGGCUGCGCCUUCGCGGCCUGCCUGGAGCGCAAGCAGAAGCGGGAGAAGGAGUGUGGGGUGACGGCCUCCUUCGACGCCAACCGCACCAGCUUCGCCCGCGAGGGCUCCUUCCGCGCCCCGGCUGCCAGCCAGCCCGCCCAGCGCCAGCUCGUGCUGCGCCAGAUCCAGGACAGGAAGAAAGCAGAGGCUGCCCCGGCCGCCGCCCCCUCGGCGCCCCCCGGCCCCGCCCAGCCGGGCAGCGUCUCCCCACCGCAGGGGGCCACGUCGCCGGCGGAGAAGGGGGAGGGGGGCCCCCCGCACGCCAUCCCGCGCCGCCACGCGCCCCUGGAGCAGCUGGUGCGCCAGGGCUCCUUCCGCGGCUUCCCCGCCCUCAGCCAGAAGAACUCGCCCUUCAAACGGCAGCUCUCGCUGCGGCUCAGCGACCUGCCCUCCACCCUGCAGCGCAAGGGCGACUUCCAGGCCAGGGGCGCCGUGCCAGAGCUGGAAUCGAGCCCGACCGGUGACAGCGACGGGAUCAGCGCCCUCUGCAGCCAGAUCGACGCCUCCUUCGCCCGCCCACCCGCCGACCCCUUCAGCCCCACGGCCGCCAACGGCACCGCCUCCCCCCCCGCGGGGCUCCCCCAAGGGCCGGCGGCCUGGGGCGAGCCCGGGGUGGGGGCCCCCCCGCAGGCCGCCCCGUUCCAGCCCGGACACAGGCGGACCCCGUCGGAGGCCGAGCGCUGGCUGGAGGAGGCGGCCCAGACGGCCAAGGCCCAGCAGGUGGCCGUGCCCGCGGCCCUGCCCGCCACGCUGCCCCCCUACCCCGUGAGCUACGACGCCGCGCCCGCCCCCCUGGGCAUGUUCCUGCCGCCCCACAUGCAGCCGGCCUACGUGCCCGUGGGGGCCUACCCGCCGGCCGGGCCCUUGGCGGCGCCCAGCGUCCCCGUGGUGGGCAUCACCCCCUCCCAGAUGGUGGCCCACGUCUUUUGCUCCGCCGCCCAGCUGCCGCCCUCGAACUUGGGGGGCAAGGCUGGCCCCUUCCCCCCUGCUCUGCUGGGCCCCGCGCUGCCCCCUCCCCCCCAGGCCCGACCCAGGUCCGGCAGCGCUGCCCCCUGGGCCCCCGAGUCAGGCCAGCCGGGGGCCCUGGCCCCUCCGCCCCCCACCGCCCGCCCCGGGCCCAAGCCGGACCCCUUUGAGGCUCAGUGGGUGGCGCUGGGGGCCAAGCCCCCCGGGGGGGCCGACCCGGGCAACCCCUUCGCCGGAGACCUGCAGAAAACAUUCGAGAUCGAGCUGUGAGCUGGGGGCGGGGGGAGCCACCGGGGCUCCCUGAGCCCCCCACUAUGGAACUGACUGUGGGGCCAGCUAGAGGUGGGGGAUGUACAGAGACCCCCCAGCCCCAGCGGGACAUAGGUCACCUCCUUGCCAAAGGGGGGGGCAGGCUGGGGAGGGGCCCCCAGGGCUGCUGCCCACCCCCGAUGGGGGGCUGAGUGUGUGUCCUGGUCACCGGAGGUGGGGCUGGGUCUGCUGAACUGCAGGGGAAGGUGGGGGUGAGAAACCUCCCUCCCCCCCCCCCCCCGCGCCGGUGAUGAAAUGGUUAACGGGUCCCUGGCUGGCUGCAAGGGGAGGGGCCCCGGGCUGGACGUUUGGGGGGCUGGAUGGGGGCACCCCCCAGCUCCAGGGGGGACGAGGGCUAACCCCCCCCCCAGUGUAAUGGUCAGGCCUGCGGGGAUGAGGCCCAGCAGCCCCGUGCCUGGGGGGGGGGGUUGGGGGCAGGUUAUGGGGGGCUGAGCAGAGGGAAAAGUGGGGGGCUGGGAUUGCUCCCCUGCAGGGAGCUGCUGGGGGGGGGGGGCUGGUUCUGGCCUUUUCACCCCGUAGCGGGGGAGUGUCACGGUGCCCCAGCGCCACCUGCUGGGGGGUGCUGGGACCUCCCCCCCCCGGUCCCUCAGCGUGGCCCAGAUGGGGAGUCUGGGGGGAGGGGCGAUUCUAACCCUAAAUCUUCUGGGGGGAGCUUCCCCCCCCAUGGGGAAAAACACCCAGAGCUGGAGCGUCUCCUGCCCAGAGCCCUGGCUGGGCCUGGCCUGGGGGGUC